CCUGUGAACCCCGUUACAUUGGUGCCAAAACCCAGGAAGGAGGAGGUAUGCGCUGUCGUGGAGUCCUCGCCGCUGCCAUCCACCAGGGGACAGAGUCGCUGCUGGCUGCCAGGAGUUGGAAGAACCGCUGCCGUCCACCGGGACAGGGAGGAGCCGUUACUGUCCGCCAGGGGUCGGAGGACUCGCUGCCGUCUAGCAGAGGGCAGAGGAGUGGCUAAGGACCAGGCGAGCGAGUUUUUCUGUCUCUCGCUCUUUUUCUCUACCCUCUCCCUCCCCUCGUCUCUCCCAGGGCUCCAGAGAUGCGGUGAAGACCUGCCAGUAGAAGGACGGCCGGAAGGGCAACACCUCCCCUCCAGGAAGUUUCCCCAGCCUGAACAGGGAAGAUGCACGCCCGGCGCAGAAUUGUCCUAAUCAGCCGGGAGGGGGAUAAAGACGAGUUGGAGGCGCCAGUUCGAGAGAGAGAGAGACACGCAACCGCUGCCUGUGUCUGUGUGUUUAUGUUUGUUAAAGUUCAGUUAUGUCAUUAAAAUGAUGUUGACUGUUCUGCCGGUUCCCGCCGCCUCCUUGCCCAUCCUGUGAACCCUGUUACAGACCUGAUGAAGCUGAAAGAGGAAAGUGAAGGACAGAAUGAAGUGGAGGAGAAACAUCAGAAUCAAGAACCUGAUGAAGUCAUAACUGGAGAAGAAUCUUAUAGUUGCCCCCAGACUGAAAAGGAAUCUUCACAGAAAACAACUCGAAGAACAGAAACAGACAAUUCUUUCACCUGCCUUCAGUGUGGAAGGAGUUUCACACAGAAACGAGUGCUUAAAAAGCACAUAAGAACUCACACUGGAGAAAAGCCUUUCACAUGCCAGCUGUGUGCAAAAAGUUUCUCAGUAAAAGGAAGCCUUGAAAGGCACAUGAGAAUUCACACUGGAGAGAAGCCUUACACGUGCCAUCAGUGUGGAACGAGAUUCAGACAUAAAUCAAGUCUUAAUAUCCACAUGAGAACUCAUACUGGAGAGAAGCCUUACACAUGCCAUCAGUGUGGCAAGCGUUACAAACAUGAAAAAAGUUAUAAGGAUCACAUGAGAAUUCACAAUGGAGAGAGUCCAUACAAAUGCCUUCAGUGUGGAAAGAGUUUAACAGACAAAAAUGCUCUUAAUUAUCACAUGAAAAUUCACACCGGAGAAAGGCCAUUCAUAUGCCCUCAGUGUGGGAAGGGUUUCAUCAACAAGUAUUCCCUGAAGUAUCACAUGAGUAUUCACACUGGAGAGAGGCCUUUCACCUGCCAUCAGUGUGGAAAGAGUUUCACACAUAAAGGAAUUCUGAAUGUCCACUUAAAAACUCACACUGGAGCGAAGCCUUUCAAAUGCCUUCAGUGUGGAAAGAGUUUCGUAAGAAAAACAAAGCUAAGAGCUCAUAUGAAAUGUCACUCAAGAGAGAAAUGACACCAAUGUUCUAAAGACUAAAAGAGUGAUAUGGUGAUAACUCUUAUUGGACGGAUGAAAAAAGGAACUACAUGGUAACCGUUUUGCUACUGAUUUGCCGACAUAAAAAAAAAAAGUCUCCAGAGCACCAAGACAUAGUCUAUUAAACACAACAACAAUGGUGUGAAAUUCGAAAUGUUCUUUAGCUUGACAUAUAGAACUGGUAAUCUGGACUAAACAUCACCACCUUAUGCAGACCAAAUGCUUUUUAUUGUGUUAAGUGUACCCAUGGAUGGAGAGUGCAUGCAUAUCCCAUGUUAUUCUGCUAAUAAAGUCAUGUAGGCCUAUCACCUUUUGUAAGAGCUGGAAAAAGCCAUUUGAAAGUGAGCAUUAACACAAAGUUAGUUCUAAAUUAAAAUAAACUGUACAGAGAAUUGCACUGUGGGUGGCAGUGCUGCGAAAUUCAUGAAUAUUAAUUGUUAUGCACAGUAGAAGAUUCGGUAACACUUUCUAUGAAGCCUAUAUUUAUAAUGCACUGUAAAGGCAUUAUAAUGCAUUAGUAAUGUUUCAUAAUACACCUUAUAUGUUAUUACUUCUCAUAAAUAAUUGUAACCACAAUUAUAAUACAUUAUACUUACCUAUUCGUAGUUAUACCUCAUAGUAUAAUGCAUUAGAACACAAGCAAAAUACAAUUUAAUCUGCAGAAGUUAUGAUGAAUUAUAUAUAUUUUUAUGAUAUAUAAUAGGUAUGCUUUAAGUAACGUGACAAAAGCAAUGUCUGCUUAUAAACAUCCAUAAAAUAAUUUUAAGUGAUUAUAAGAUAUUACAAGUCAUGCUGGAAGUUAUAUACAUUACACAUGCACAAAAUAACACACAUUCAAUGAAAUUGAGAUAUUAUUAAAAACACUUGUAAAGCUACAAAAUACAUCAGAAACUCUCUUGAGAAAAAAAUAUGUAUGUUGAUCACAUUUAGCCAAUCUUAAUAAUAAAAAAAUCAAACUGAUUCAAUAUUGGACUCUAUUCAAUAAAAUUUCAUGUUUGUGCCUCUUAUUUGGAGAAUUGUUUUAUAGAUAAUUUUGAUUGUAUAAGUUUGACUUGUAUGUUACAAGUUUAUGUUAUGGCUGUUUAUAAGAAAAUAUUGAGUAACUUUAUUAGCUUCUGCUGUGUUAAAAUUGGACGUUGCUUGUGUUAUAAUGCAUUAUACUCUAAAGUAUAACUGAAUAGGGGAAGUCUUAAAAUGUAUUGUAAAUAGUUAUAAUUAUUUAUGAGAAGUUAUAACUUACAAGGUGUAUUAUGAGACAUUAAUGCAGUAUAAUGCAUGUAUAAUGUCUUUACAAUGCAUUAUAAAUAUGGGCUUCAUAGAAAGUGUUACCGAAGAUUCUUUUAAAUGACCUGUUUUCAUUCUUAAUGACCAAUUCAAGCACUCAAAUAUUUCACGUAAUAUGGUAAUUUCAUUUCUACAUAUGUCAGUCUUGGGAUUUUGUUAACCAGUAGAUGAAUUCAUAGAUCAUCACUUUGAUUAAGAACAUGACUGAUUGAUCUAGUGGUAACAUGCCUUUAGUUUUUAGAGGUUCUGUGUUCUAAUUUGCCCAAAUAAAACUUUUUAUUGUAAUAAACCAAGAUUGCAACUGUA